AUGGCUUGGGCAUCGAUCGAACGGCAUAUUCUCAUUUUCUAUCCCAAACUACUCGAAACAACAUCGAAACGAAUCUGCUUUCAUUAUUUACCUCUGACUUUUGUCAGUGUGUGGCCAUUGAUAUUCUAUUUGAUGAUGCUGAUUAUCAUUCCAUGCGAUGCACCAUUGAACUACAAUCGCCGACUGGGGGGUCGUUAUGAUUGUGUGGGUGUGGUUCCAUGGAUCGGAAUGUUUGACAGCAUUGCACAUUACAUGGUGCCAGCAUUCAUCAUCGUGGUUUUCAGCAUUGGUCUUUUCGUUCGUGUUGUGUAUCAUCGGUAUCAUCUUCAUCACAGAAUUGAUUGGAGGAGCUAUCGCAAAAUGGCAGUGCAGUUGCUAUCGAUAUCGCUGGUUUAUAUGGCGUUGGACGCUCCACCCAUGGUACUGAAUGCUGCAUAUUUGUGGGGACUAUCAACAGAUGUGGCAGCACAGUACUAUAGUGACAUGCUCGAUCUUAGUUUAUGGGUGAUUUUGUUCACUCCAUUUGCAAGUGUAACAUCAAUACCAGAUCUGAAAACAAAAUCUGUAAAUGCGUUGAUGUUUUGGCGAGGAAGACAUACUGUUGCACCUGUCACCGUAACGAACACUCAUCGAGCUGCGAAUCAAACAAGAACAUUAACAAGAGGUGUUCAUUGA